AUGGCAUCGCGGGUCAGCAUUGGCAACCUCACCUCCUCCACACCACCGUAUGGUAUUAAUUCACCGCGUUUUCGUUCAUCACACAAGCUUUCUAACAAUCCCUCACACCAAAACGCUGCGCAUCAUAACAACCUCAUGCUCAACAAAACCGUCCUGGUAACCGGCGGAGCCGGCUACAUCGGCAGCCACACCGUUCUUCAGCUCCUCCUCGGCGGCUUCACUACCGUCGUCGUCGACAAUCUCGACAAUUCCUCCGAGGUUGCCAUCCGCAGAGUGCGGGAGCUCGCCGGCGAGUUUGGGAAUAACCUCUUUUUCCACAAGGUGGACCUACGGGACAGAGCUGCACUGGAGCAAAUUUUUGUUUCCACACAGUUUGAUGCUGUCAUACAUUUUGCUGGUCUGAAAGCAGUCGGAGAAAGUGUGCAAAAACCUUUACUAUACUAUAACAACAACUUGACUGGGACAAUCACUCUAUUGGAAGUCAUGGCUGCCCAUGGAUGCAGAAAGCUUGUGUUCUCGUCUUCAGCAACUGUAUAUGGUUGGCCAAAGGAGGUUCCAUGUACAGAAGAGUUCCCUCUGUCAGCAAUGAACCCAUAUGGACGAACUAAGCUUAUCAUUGAAGAAAUUUGUCGUGAUGUCCACCAAGCAGAGCCAGAUUGGAAAAUAAUAUUGUUAAGGUAUUUCAACCCAGUUGGUGCGCACCCUAGUGGUUAUAUUGGGGAGGAUCCUCGUGGAAUUCCGAACAAUCUCAUGCCAUUUGUUCAGCAAGUAGCAGUUGGCAGACGGCCUGCACUCACAGUUUUUGGAAAUGAUUAUAAUACAGUUGAUGGCACUGGGGUUCGGGAUUAUAUUCAUGUGGUUGAUUUAGCAGAUGGGCACAUUGCUGCAUUACUUAAACUAGACGAACCGAGUAUUGGUUGUGAGGUUUAUAACCUGGGAACAGGAAAGGGAACAUCGGUUUUAGAGAUGGUUAGAGCUUUCGAAACAGCAUCUGGAAAGAAAAUUCCACUUGUGAUGGCUGGCCGUAGACCUGGUGAUGCUGAAGUUGUUUAUGCAUCAACAAAGAAAGCGGAAAGAGAGCUUAAAUGGAAGGCAAAAUAUGGCAUUGAUGAGAUGUGCCGUGAUCAAUGGAAUUGGGCUAGCAAAAACCCUUACGGCUAUGGAGACCAGGAGGAGCCCACCAAUUAA